CGAAAUAUAUACUCCAAACCGUUAAAAGGAGUAAAGGAUAAACAAAGGCAUUGGUUGAACUUGAACGCCAUGCCCACCACAAUCAAGCUCACUUUGGUUCCUUUUCCAAACCCCAAAACUCUUUCCCCAGUAACGCUUCCUAUCACAUCUCCAAUCUCUCGCAGAGCCUGUUCAAGUUCAAGGCCUCGAAUCCUAAUAGUGAAAUGCAACAACUCGGGCCAGAGAGAAGGUAGCGGUGGAAAUCUGAAGGAUGCACUGGCUGGUAUGGUGGACAAGCAAGUAGGGGAGCUGUUGAACAGAGAAGAGAACAGGGUUUUGCUUGAUGGGUUGGACAAGGCGUCACAGAGGGUAGAGAUGGCCAAGAAAGAGCUAGCAGAGAUUGAAAAACAAGAACUUGAAGCGAAGCAGAUGAGGGAUUACAUUAACCAGCUUGAGAGCCAAGCUUCUGAGGUUGCAGAAUGUCAAAGGCAAAUAUUAGAAGCAGGAGAAAUGGUUGAAGAAGCAAAGCGCUCACUAGGGCUAAAUGUGGAUGGAAUUGAAGAUGGAGAUGCUUUUUUGGAGAAAGAAAGCGAAGAAAUUGACAGAAAUGAGGAGAGAGUGGAGUCCGUAAAAGCAGCUUUGAUUUCUGCACUUGUUGGCACCCUUGCGGGCCUGCCCAUCUCUUUAACCCAAGCAACAAGCAGUUCAGAACUCAUACUUCCUCUUACAAUUAACUUUAUCAGCUGCGCACUGUUUGGAGUAACAUUUCGAUACACAAUAAGAAGGGACUUGGACAAUAGCCAGCUUAAGACAGGGACAUCUGCAGCUUUUGGAUUUGUUAAAGGUCUUGCCAUGCUGGGUAGUGGACCACCUUUGGAACUAAAUACUGGAAGCUUCUUAUCACAUGCUUUUGAUGGAGCUGUAUAUGUGUCUGAGAAUCUUUUCCUUUUUGUUUUUGCUUCUGUUGGUCUAGAUUAUUGUUUUAAGAUGAAGCUACUUAGUCCUUUUCCUAUCAAAAAAUCAAUUUCAAGGUAAUGUCCAUAUAUGCUAGAUACCAUAUUUUGAAGAUGGUUAUACAAUAGCUAUAUCAAACUUAAAAGCUAUAAUAUGUAAUAUAUGCGAAAUUCGUGUCUUAUAAAAUGUGGCACCCAUUCAGAAUU